UCCUUUUUUUAAGCAAAGACCCGCCAUAAUGCUUGUAAUCUGUUCCUCUCUAAAAUCCCCUUCUUCUACAUCUUCUCCAAAGCACCCAUUUUUAUCUCACCUUCAAUCACCAAAUAAUAACAAUAAUAAUAAUUCUCACAAACUUUCAAUCUUACCCAUUAACCGGCGAGGCCUCAUCAUUCUUCUCGCCAUCUUCUCAAAUAUUCAAUCUUAUUCUUACCCAAUUCUCAGUUCGCUCUCUUCUGCCCAAGGACUCUCUCAGAUUACCCAGUUUCAGCUCUGCAACGGCACAGAGGAAGAUAGUGAGAUGAGACCAAGAAAGGAGUCAAAGAGAAGAAGCCGACCCUCAUCACCAAUCAAGGACAAGACUACAGCCCCUUCUAGAUAUGAAGAAAGGUCUCCCAGGUCACGCACUGCCAUGCCCGGAGUGUCUCUUCUGGACCGAGACCUAGUGACUGAUGACAUUACUCUCCUCGAAGAGCUCUCUGUCUCGCAAGACCUCAACAACUCCAGUUCCAAUCUCAACCCUCGAAGUUUUCCGUACAGUGUAAAGCAGCAAUGUUGGGAGAAGGCAGAAAAGAUCAAAGGGCGAGAUCCAGAUAGGUGGCGCCGUGAUGCUCUCGGCAACAUUGUGUUCCGGAAGCUCGUGGGCUGCCCCGGUUGUUUGUGCCAUGAUUAUGAUCACAUUAUACCUUACUCAAAGGGCGGACCAGGUACCCUGGAGAACUGUCAGGUUCUACAGGCAACAGUUAAUCGGUCGAAGGGAAAUCGGACUGAGCUGUCUAGGGCUGAACUUAUUCAGAAAAGUUCUUACUGUCGAGUGUCAGGUCGAGACAUGGAUCUUCUCGAGCUGUCAGCCUAUGGCAACGUUCGCUGCCCACAAGACUCGGGCGGUUGUAGAAUCCAAUAACCAGGUUUAAGCUAUUAUCUUAUAGGAUUAAGUUAUUGACCUUUCAUGGAGAGUAAAAAUUCAUAUUCCUGAUUAACUUAGAACUCUGCUGUCUCAAGUUAUAACUUAUAGAUAUAUUACAAUUGUACCAAUGCAGGGAAUUGUCAAUGAUUACCUUCAAUUAUUAAAUUGAUUUGAGAAAUCUGCAUGAAGGGUCUUUUCAUGGCCAUAUUCUUUGUAUUCAAGACCAUACGUUGAUGAAAAGUCACAACUUUUCGUUGUAUGUCAAACUGUUUUCAAGUUCUAAUCCAUUAAUGGAAAUUAAA